AUGUCAAAAACAAGUGCUACAAAUUCGUCGGUUCGCUUGAAACGCGAUCAUCAAAAUAGUCUGACAGAAGAAUCGACAGUAUCUUCCUCGCCGAUAAAAAAGCAAAAACAACAGCAUAACACACCAGUUGUGGAUAAGGAAGCACGAAAUCGAUACCCAAAUGGAUCUUCAUCGUCAACUUUCAUGCCGACCAACUCGACGAAGAAACUCGUGAUCAAGAAUCUGAAAUCUGCACCUCUUGUUCCACCGCCAGAUUAUUUCGAUAAAAUCUGGCCUUUGCUGAAGCAAGCCUUAGAAGCGAUUCUCAACGGCACGACAAGUCCGACCAAUGAAGAGCAACUCUAUCGACACAUUAAUCAUCUCUGUACGACGUCAAGUAAUGAUGCUAACCCAUCAUCAAAUCUUCUCUAUGAAAAUCUAAGAAAAAUUCUUGAUGAACACAUUCAAACACUUGUACCUGUUCUACUCAGUGAACCAAAUGACAGUUUAGAUUAUCUUCGAACACUCAAUACAGUUUGGAAUGAUCAUAUGGUACGAUCAAGCCUCAUUCGGCAAUUGUUUAUCGUUCUUGAUCGAACGUAUGUUCUGCACGCAGCUGUGCCCAGUAUUUGGGAACUAAAUCAGGAUUUGUUCCGUCGACACAUUAUGCAAAAUUUGAAGAUCUCAAACAGGUGUAUCAAUGGUUUGCUGAAAUUGAUUGAACAAGAAAGACGAAGUGAAACAGUCGAUCGAAGUUUGAUUAAAAGUCUGAUUCGAAUGUUAAUUGAUCUUCACUUAUAUCGAAAAGACUUCGAACCUGUAUUUCUACGAACCACUGAACAACUCUAUCACAAUGAAGGUCGUCAAUUAAUUCAAACUCUAGAACUCAGUCAAUAUCUCACUCAUGUUGAACGUCGUCUGCGAGAAGAACAAACUCGAAUUACACAUUAUAUCGACCAAUCAACGAAAGUACAAUUGAUUCAUCUCGUAGAAACCAAUCUAAUCACUCUGCAUAUCAAAGAAAUGCUUUCCAAAGGUUUUGACACAUUAAUCGACGAAAAUCGUUAUGGAUCGAUUACAUUAAUGUACGAACUUCUCCUACGUGUUGGUCAAACGGGCAUGUCGGAACUUCGAGAAGCAUUCGGAAAUUACAUUAAAAAACAUGGACGCGCACUUGUUGUUGACGCUGAGAAAGAUGAGAAAAUGGUCGAUGAGUUGCUUGAAUUCAAAGAAAAACUAGAUCAAUUCCUACUGGAAUGUUUCCACAACAAUGAAAAAUUUUCCAAUACGUUAAAAGACUCCUUUGAACACUUCCUUAACCAACGCUCAAAUAAACCAGCAGAACUCAUUGCCAAAGCCGUUGACGCGAGAUUGCGCACUGGAAAUAAAGAAGCGUCGGAGGAAGAAUUGGAGAAAAUCCUCGAUAAAUUAUUAGUACUUUUUCGAUUUAUCCAUGGAAAAGAUGUCUUCGAAGCUUUUUACAAGAAAGAUCUCGCUAAACGAUUGUUAGUCGGAAAAAGUGCCUCAGUCGAUGCAGAAAAAUCAAUGUUACUCAAGCUCAAACAUGAAUGUGGAAAUGUAUUUACAAGUAAACUGGAAGGUAUGUUCAAGGACAUGGAACUAUCGAAAGAUAUCAUGUCAGCUUUUGAACAACAUAUGCAUGGCCGAGAGACUCCUGGCAAUAUCAAUAUGUAUGUUUCGAUACUAACAAUGGGUUUCUGGCCAACAUAUCAACCAGUUACUGCUAUUCUACCACCCGAACUGUGUCGAUUACAAGAAAUCUUCGCGAAAUUUUAUUUGAGUAAACAUACAGGACGCAAGCUUCAUUGGCAGUAUUCACUGGACCAUUGUUUACUGAAAGGAUGGUUGAAAGAUAAAAUGCCGAAAGAAUUUCAAGUAUCACUGUUCCAAGCAUUGGUGCUCCUUCUUUUUAAUCAACAUCUCGAACUGAAUUACAAUGAUAUCAAAGAACAAACAAAACUCCAAGAAGCAGAAUUGCAUCGAACGCUACAAUCAUUAGCUUGUGGAAAGAUUCGCCUACUGAAUAAAAAACCAUUGACGAAAGAGAUCAAUCCUAAUGAUCAAUUUACCCUGAAUACAUCGUUUGAACAUAAAUUAAUUCGAAUUAAAAUCAAUCAAGUUCAAUUGAAGGAAACACAAGAAGAAAACAGCUCCACUACACAACGUGUUGUUCAAGAUCGUCAUUAUCAAAUUGAUGCUGCAGUCGUACGAAUUAUGAAAACGCGUAAAACAUUGCCACAUGCCCAAUUAAUGUCGGAAGUGUUUGCUCAACUGAAAUUUCCUAUUUCAACAUCAACAGUUAAAACACGCAUCGAAAGCUUACUAGAACGCGAAUACAUGAAGCGAUCGGCGGACAAUGCUAAUGUUUAUGAAUAUAUUGCAUAA